CUCGGGACACUAAAUGAGUCGCGUUUUCUGUUUGGAUUUUAACACCAACAGCCAAGCGAGUUCCAGGUCUGCAUGGGCCAUAUUUAAGCUUUCUUCAUAGGAACUGAGUCUAAGAUGAAGUUAUGGGAUGUUUUGGCCACGUGUUUGUUGCUCCUGAGCUCUGUUGCUACACGGCCUCUCUACCAAAACACUCAGCCAGCCAAGAGGACUUACUUCCCCAGCAGCUACACUGAUUCUGUGUCCCUGUCUGUGGAGGACGAAGAGCCAGCGUUCCAGCGUGAAGACCACAACCUGCAGGAGAUCUCUAUGGAGAACCAAUAUGACAUCGCAGGUCCCUAUCCAGAGCAGUUUGAUGAUGUAAUGGAGUUUAUCAAGGCUACCAUUGGCAGACUCCGGAGAUCAUCAGAGCCCAACGGGGGCUCCAGGGGACGGAGGGAGCAGAGACAGAGGGGAGCAGCAAACACAGAGGGCACGCGAGCCGAGGGGAGAGGACAUGGCGACAGGAGGCGGGGCCGGGGGCGAGGGGGAAGUCGAGGCGGUAAAGGAGGCCGAGGCGAGAAGGGGAGGGAGAGGAUAUCGGUGCAGAGUCGAGGCUGCUUGCUGAAGGAGGUCCAUCUCAAUGUGACGGACUUGGGGCUGGGCUACCAGACUAAAGAGGAGCUGAUCUUCCGAUACUGCAGCGGCCCCUGCGUGGAGGCGGAGACCAACUAUGACAAGAUCCUGAACAACCUCACACACAACAAGAAGCUGGACAAGGACACACCCUCUCGCACUUGCUGUCGACCAAUCGCAUUCGACGAUGACUUGUCUUUCUUGGACGACAAUGUGGUGUAUCACACACUGAAAAAGCAUUCUGCUAGGAAGUGUGGCUGUGUCUAAGGAAGUCACACGGACGUGACGAAAAGACGGUGAUGGUGUCCAGCAUCAGUGAACUAAGGAUCGCCUUUACGAGCUGCUACUGCAAAGGGAGGGAUUGCUUUUGGAAACUGGCAUAUGAGGCCCAAGAGGAAGUGUAUCAUCUCUCAUGUUUGUCAGUAGUCAUCAAAGAAGACGACUGUACAUUUAACUUUGACAGCUCACACUCAGUCCUCCAGAUCCCUUGAGAAGUAUUUGACGGUUCAGUCAGACACAUGCAGACAUGUAUCAGCUGUUCACCGACUUGCAGAAGAAUCAAUACUGUUACACUCCCAGAUUUUGCUGACUGUGUUGUCUAAAAAGGUGAGAGUGAAGAAAAACUUCUGACUUUGGUUGGCUUGUUUUUUCUGGACGAAGCCACUUUCCCAGGAACAUCACUUUUUCCAUAGCUGGCUCCGAACACUGCAGACAAAUGCAGAGAUUUUAGGAGCAUUUUCAUCUGCAGUCUAAAUCACUUCCACUGCAUAGUCUGGUUGUUGACAUUUAAAUUCAGAGCCAAGUGAUGACACAUACCACACCAGGGUUCAGCAAAGACUUUCUGGUGCAACGCAUCUACAUAAAAUCCAAUCAUAUAUAUAUACACGCGUGUGUAAGAGGUAUAUUUAUUAAGAUGGAAUUAACUUAUUGUUAUUUAUUUCAAUCCAUUUUAUGAAAGAAAUUGUUGUGUUUCUUAUUUAUUGAAAAGCUUUGUUUGUCCUGGAUGGUGCCAAAGUGGAGCAUUUUCUCAUGCAAAAUCUUACAUGGUGAUC